AUGGCGGUUACGCUUCACACGGACGUGGGUGAUUUAAAGUUGGAGCUGUUUUGUGAACAGUGUCCCAUCGCAUGUGAGAAUUUCCUGGCGCUGUGUGCAAGUGGAUACUACAACAACUGUCUGCUGCACAGAAACAUUCCUGGGUUUAUGGUUCAAACUGGCGACCCAACGGGUACAGGCAAAGGAGGAAGGAGCAUCUGGGGCUCCAAGUUUGAGGAUGAGUUUCGAGAAAAUCUAAAGCACAGUACCAGGGGUAUAGUUUCCAUGGCCAAUAACGGACCAGACACAAACGCCUCCCAGUUUUUUAUCACCUAUGGUAAACAGCCUCAUCUGGACAUGAAAUAUACAGUGUUUGGCAGGGUGAUUGACGGCUUUGAUACUCUAGACAGCAUGGAGAAAAUUCCAGUAAAUGAGAAAAACUACAGACCAUUGGCAGAAACCCGACUGCGGGAAAUUACUAUACACGCUAAUCCUAUCGCAGAGGCAGGACAACAGUGA